UGCCGUUCUUGCACUUUAUUUUCUAAUAUCCAUGCUUCCCUUUCUGUAAAUAAUGAUUAGCAAACUUUCAAACUUGAUUCUGUUACUGUGCAUUGGUUCUUUUAUCUCGCUUCUGCUGGCCAAGCGUUAUCUCAAUGCCUACUUUAUGUUUCCCUCGUUUCAAUCCGAUGGAAAAUCGAUACUUGCGCACAUAAACAAUUACGAUGUCACUGAUUAUCCGCCAUUGCCCAUGGAUAUACAAAAUGAAACCCUGUGUGAGGGACAACCACCAUUUUCCAACUUUUCCAGAGACUCCAUCCUUGUCUCCAGAGAGACAACAAGAGAUCACCAUGUGAACGCAGCGAUCGUGUUCUUGAUAGAAUUUCUGGAUCGUCCGUUGGCCGAGAAUCACCGAGAAAUGAUGCGAUUCAAUCAAUCGCUCUGGUCACUAUAUGAAAAUUUCAGCAAAGAUUACCCUUCUUAUCCUAUCCUCAUUUUCCACGAAUCCCCGUUUACGCCAAAGUAUCAAAAGCAUUAUCGCAAUAUGUGGCCUUCUCAGCUUGACAUCACAUUCUAUCUCAUCGAGUUCGACCUACCGCCUUCUUUUCCUCGACACCCGCCUCAUGAACUCGGCUUGACAAGUACAAAUCGUCGUGCUUUUCCAGGCUACAAUCACAUGAUCCAUUUCUUCUUCAAAGACAUCUUUGAUCACCCUGCCAUUCGAGAUCUGGACUAUUACUGGCGAUUGGAUCAUGAUUCGGAAAUUCUCUCUCCAGUUAGCGUCGAUCUUUUUGAAUACAUGCGUCGCCAUCGUCUGUUAUACGGCUAUCGCACCGUCGUCACCGAUGCUCGCCACGUUACUCACGGAUUACUCAGCUUCUUUGACCGUUGGCGACGCGAUCCGUCCCACCAAAGUAUAAUUCCCGAUCUUACUUGUGCGGCUUUAUCACAAAAGAAUUGCUUAUCCAUUCCUUCGACUCUUGCGGAGCGUAAUGCGAUCCAACCACUGAUGUAUUACAACAAUUUUGAAAUUGUACAUAUUCCUACCUGGCGUUCGGAACCAAUGCGACAAUUGACCGAUGCAGUGCACGACACCAACAUGAUCUAUUGGGAUCGAUGGGGCGACGCGCCACUUCGAUAUUAUGCCGUCCAAACCAUGCUUGAUGUCAAAUCACAAACAAUGGAAUGGUGCCACAUUCGAUAUCGCCAUCACAAAACGUUUGAACCGUUGUGCCGACUAACAAUCAUGUAAAAGAAGCGUAGACUUCAGAAUCCUUGUAUCAAUUACACUGAUUUAACUAUUAUAU